AUGGGAAUCCCCUAUUUAACCAGGCAUCUUCUCCCAUAUGCCGAGUCCGUUCUCCUAAACGGAAGCAGCUUGGACAGGCCGCAACAGGAUGUACCUCGAGUGCAGGCGGUGGUUAUUGAUGGACCCAGUCUGGUAUAUCAUGUCUACUACCGACUUCUGGCCUGGAUGGACUCCACACAAGAUGCGUUGGACAUCCAGCCCACCUGUAACGAGGUCAGUCGCGCCUUUGUGAACUGUCUGGUCGAAUUGAUUCGUCGGGGCAUUGAGAUACAACAGAUCUGUUUUGAUGGCGCCCUGCCCGUCUCCAAACGGGACACCCGGUUGUCUCGAAUUGAAAAAUCGAGACAUCGGUUGGAACUAACCCGUCGCGGGGUGAUUCCUUCCACGCAGGCGUGUCGGAAAGAGCUGUCGAUUCGGCCAGCGCAGUUGUGGAAUAGUCGCAAUAUCUCCGCUCGGUGGAGGAAUCUUCCCGAAAACCCCUUCAUGGUCUCAGCGGUAUUUGAAGAUCUGCGGUCCAGAUGGAACCGAGCCCGAAUACUAGAAGAAACCCAGUAUGAUGCCCCGUCAUUCAAGGGUUCCGAGUAUCCGUGGGCCAACAUCACAGUCAUGGUGGCGGGGGAGGCGGAUCGUGAGUGUGCCCGGGUGUCCAAACUAAAGGGAUCAACAAUCCUCACAAAUGACUCCGAUCUAUUGAUACAUGAUCUCGGGCCGCAAGGGACAGUGGUGCUGCUGAACUCGAUGCACAUGCCUGGGGAGACAGAUCUAUCUGGUUCCAGCAUUCCGGAGAUUCGGGGGUCAAGACUACACCCUAGAGAGCUUGCUCGCCGCCUAGAUAUUCAAAGCCUUCAACGAUUUGCCUACGAAUUGAAAUUGAACCCCCAGCUUGGCUUCUCGGAGCUACUUCGUCGGUCAAAAGAGGACAUCUCCUUGACUACACACCCGAAUGACUACCAUGAGUUUCUCCAGGAGUAUGAAGAGGCAGGCGAUCCGUCGGUCAUGAUCCCUGCUGGGCUGCGACUUCAAUCUCUCGACCCAAGGGUAUCAGAGCUUUUCUGCCAAUAUGAAAGCCCGGCUAUUUUUGGCCGUGAUGAGAUUCCUCAUAUCUACCUAGGGAUUCUCCACGAAGAUCAUGACCGGCGGUGUGCCUGGGAACAGGGUCGAGCCUACAGGGCACUUGGCUAUGCGCUGCUUAAGCUGUCUCGGUCAUCACCGCUUCAAUUUCCAAUCGUUCAUGAGUUUGUUCGUCGUGGCAGUCGGAUCGUGGCGGAACAAAUUACACUCCCUGGGUUCAAGACGGCGGCUUCUGACCUUUCUGCCUUGCAGGUACGUCUCAACCAGGCAAAGAGUGUCUUUGAUCCAACCUGUCCGUCAACAUUUUGGGUUCUAUUUGCCCUGUCCGAAAUAUAUCGCGACCAACGGAACCAAAGAAUGAUCCCAAGUGCGGCGCAGCUGGAACAGUUUCUGAUUAAGGGAUACAUGGGAACAACGACGGAUUGGGCCGACGUGCACCUUUUAGCCCAGAUCCAAGCCGUGCUAUAUUCCCUACGUAUGCUGCGGCAAUUUAUUAGCCUUGCGGCCAGCGAUGGUCUUUCCUUUCCAGCUCAGUCUGUCCUAGAAGAGCUACCGCCGCUCUAUCUUCUCCUGAGGUCUCGAGAUGAGUUUCUUCGAAGCUUUGUCGCGGAUAAGGACAUGAUUCAGCAUUCGGUCUUCCAGUUUUUUCAAUCCUACGCUUGA